UUCAUUGAUUCUCUUUUCGACUCGUAUCCGAUUCUAAUCGAUGCAAUUUUUCCGGCUGGGGCCAGGGCGGUCUCUGCCCCCGAUCCUGAUGCACUCUCCGAGCAUUACUCCCCCCCCCCUCUUUCACCCCCCCCCCCCCCCCCCCCUCCCGCAUCGACUCUAAUCGAUACUCCGCUCAGUCCAUCGGAAUGUCUCUAAGAACAGCAAAUUGAUCAGCAUUCCCACCGGGAAACUUGGAUUCACAGACAGCACGCUGGUUCCAAUAGUUUUACUUGUCAGCCCGAUUCUAAUCGAUUCGGAUCGAUACCUGGGGAGCCGGCGAGUUCCCAAGUGAUGGUGCGAGAUGCCGCUCUCCAAUCGGGAGGGAUCCGGCUCGAUCUUGCUCUCGGGAAUGCUGCUCUGAAGUUUGCAGGCGCGCUGGCAAUUCGGCCAUGGGAGGCAGGCAGAGCAAAGGGAGACAGUUUCCAGAGGAGGCGGAGGGUGCCCCUCAGAGCUGCAGGAAGAAAUCCUCAGGCCGGGACAGAGGAGACUUCCUCCGGGGCUUCGUGCUGAAGUCCGGGGAGAGGUGCACCAGGAGCCCGGGGGCUCCCCCCUACCAGAGGCGGAUUGCUAUGAUUCAGGACAUGGCCGCCCUGGCCAAGCAAGGCCGGCAGGAGGAGGCCUCGAACCUACUGAGGAGCCUGCGGCAGGAUUUAGGAAUGGAGUCGACUUCACUGGAUGACGUCCUCUGCAGAUAUGCGAGUUUCCGCAAUCUAGUGGAUCCUAUCACUCAUGACUUGAUCAUCAGCCUCGCUCGAUAUAUCCACUGCCCCAAACCGGAAGGAGACUCAGUUGGAGCCAUGGAGAAGGUUUGCAGGCAGCUCACCUACCACCUGAGCCCACACUCGCAGUGGAGACCUCAGGGCCUCAUGAAACGGAAGCCCCAAGCCUGGUAA